AUGUUAUUAUCGGUCCAGACCGACACUACUAUGCAACGCAUCUUACCGCCGGCCAAAACACAACCCAUUACCAAUUCGUCAAGUGAGUAUAGCUAUAAUUAUUUUAAAACACUAAAUUUUCAACAUCAGAAUCGUGUACAUUUUAAAGUUAAUUAUACAUUUCCGAAGUAGAGUCUGCCACCCUGACUGGAGUAUCGCAUCCGGAUGCUACUGUCGGUCCAAGCCAGACCGAAGGUACAACGCAACGCAUUAAACCGCCGGCCAAUACAAAAUCUCCCAUUCGCAGUGGUUCGCCAAGUGAGUACAGUAAUUAAUAUAAAACUGGAUCGUGUAUAUUAUAAAGUUAAUUAUUUGUUUACACUAACUUCGAACCGAUUAAAAUACUAUCUGCACAUAUUUUUUUUUUUUUUUUUUUUAUUAAAUAUGUUAAAACUACUCAACUACUUCAACUAUUGAGGUUAUUAGCCUUUAUUAAUUACAAAAUAUUGUUUUUAAGACUAUGGAGAUCCAUUAUUAUUGUGAUUCACAGCAGGGGAAAUUAGUGCGAUAUGUUUUUUUUUCAGUAGUUUGAUAAGUCUAUGUUAAUGAAAAAAUUUUGUAUGUUUUUGGAGUUUUCUUCGUCAUAAAAAUAAUAACAAUCUUAAAUUAUUCCCGACAUGAACAAUAAUUAUACCUAUUAUAAUUUAUUGGAAAUUCGAAAGCAUAUUAUCUCGAAUAUAAUAAUAAUUAAGGGGAGUUACAGAAACUGUUAAGUUUUUCCGGUAUCGUUAAAUUCGAUAAUUAUUUCGUACCAUUUAACGGUAAAGAUAAGUCUUUUUCGUUAAUCUAUACCGUCCGAACACGACCGUUUUUAUACGGACUUUAAAGUUAAAAUAAUAUUCGGUCAAAAUACCAGCAGGAAUUUAAUUUACGAAUAAAAGAAAUACCCUUUGUAUACCCUAUACUUUAUUUUUAUGAGUUGUCAACGUGUCGAGUUCUAAAGAAACCAACACAGUUGCAACGGUCGGAUCUGUGAAACGUCGCAAAUAAACAAUACAUUUUAUUUUUAACGUGAUGAAUGAACAUAAUCUACAAACCAAGGUUAAUUUUAUUAUAUUGUUAUUUACUUACACGAAUUAAAACUAGUACGAAUAAUUUUAGUCAAAUACGCUGUAGCCGGUGUAAUAAUAUAUGUUAAUAUUUUUUUUAUUUUAUUUUAUAUCAUAUAUAUAGUGCAAUAAAGUAAGAAAUAUAAUCGUCGAAACCAAGGAAAAAUGCCUACCGUGGUUAGCGCGGUAUAUUGUUACAAAUCGCAUUAACAUAGAAUCAAACCACCAUACAGUAUACUUAAAUUUUUUAAACUCGUUGAACAACGAAAAACUCAACGAGUUAAUAAUGCUGGAAACAGAAACAAAUAUUAAAGUGAGUAGGAAUAUUUUUUUUUAUUUUUUAUAUGAUGAUUAGGGAACAGAUUUAUAUGUUAUUAAAAUCCGCAAAAAUAUUUUAAAAAAGCAAAAGUGGUAGAGUGAUUUUAAAAGUUCACUACAAUAAUGGUUCUAACCCAUUAAAUAAAAUAGUCUAACGCUGACAAAUGAUUAACAAGAAGUACUUUUGUUUUUGUAAAACUUACAAAUUUAUUUAUUAAAAAUCGUUUUAUUCUAAUCAUUUUUGUAGUGUAAAAAAACAAUUGUUAAGUGAGAGCCAUUGGAUAAGGGAACUUUAAAAUCUGUCUACCAUUAUCUCUUUUUCAAAUUUUUUAUAAGCGGUUUUCUAGGACUUUUUUUUGAUGUUUUUAAGCACUUUCUUGUAAAUUUUAAGUGUGUAUAAAUCCGUUUUCUCAUGAUAUUGAAUACGAUAUAUUUUAAAAUAAUAUCUCGCGUAUCUCGUUAGGUUAGGCAUUGUUGAGUCGGGACGAGGUGAGUACUAUUUGUAGGAAAACGUUGAACAAUUUGGGAAGUUGGUACGGAAUGAUGACCCUGGCCAAGAAUAAACCGAUUAGUACGACGUUUGAAGACUUGAAGACAUUAUUGAUAAAAGCGUAUCAAGGAGGAGAGGACAAAUUGAUGUACACUCUGCCGCUUGUAACGAGAAUUCUUGAAACUUGCUAAUAGCACAGUACGUCGAAUACGUUUCAUUCUUAUCGAUUUAAUUUCUGAUGAUUUGUUGGUAUAAUAUACUUCUAUUUUGUUUUAUCAUAGGUGUUUAAUACUACCAGCUCGUGGACCUUGGAUGUAUUAUACUGUUUGAGUGAUCUGCACCGUCAACCGGAUUUGAAAUUGAAGUUCCAAUUUGAAAUAGAAAUUGUAUGCAAAAAAUUAAAAAUUUAACUCAAGGUGAA